UCAGUGCGUGAGCUGUCUUUCACAUUGUACCAUCUGAUCCAGCAUUCUCUGCCUCUGAGAAUUUUGUAAUCCUGUACAAAGGGUCUUGUCUUACCAGAAACAAUAGGAAGGGAUUUUUUAUUAUUAUUUCUCACUUUUAAUUCAUAAUUUGCUCGUAGAUGGCAAGAAAUAUCAUCUCAGCUGUGUUUUCUUUUGUUUUUAGAAUUUGUGGAAGCAUGAUGUGGGAUGGAUAAACAACAACGGAGCUCUGCUAUGGCCUCUAAUGACCCUGACCUUCCUGAACCUCAAGGUGACCCCCAGCCUGGUGACCUCAUUGAAAUCUUCAGACCAGCCUAUCAGCACUGGGCGCUCUACCUGGGAGAUGGUUACAUCAUCAACUUAACUCCUAUUGAUGAGAGCCAGGCAGCAGCCAUGUCCAGUGUGAAGUCAGUCUUCAGCCGAAAGGCAAUAGUGCGCAUGCAGCUGCUGAAGGAGGUGGUUGGGAGUGACACGUACCGGGUCAACAACAAAUAUGACCACAACCGCACACCCCUGCCCGUCUGUGAAAUCAUUCAACGAGCACAAGUCCUCAUUGGACAGGAAGUGUCAUAUGACCUGCUGGGGAGUAACUGCGAGCACUUUGUAACCCUUUUAAGAUAUGGGGAAGGGGUGUCUGAACAGGCUACACGGGCCAUUGGGGCCAUCGGUUUGGUAACGGCAGCAGCCAGUGCCUUUUCUGUCCUUGGACUUAUCAACCCACGAUCCAGAAAUAGGCCCUUUUGACAG